AUGGCGUCCCAGCACGGGGUUCUUGUGGUCAGAGUGGGUGGCCAGUGGCACAGAGGCUGGAGACCGGGGUCGCUGGAUGGCAUGGAGCAGCUGAGCACUCUGGAGACCCUCCUGAAGAUGGAGCUUGUGGACCGGACGAGAGUCGGUGUCUAUGGGAAGGGGUUUGGGGGUUUCCUGGCACUGAAGGUCCUAGGCCUGAUGGACGGGUUGAUUCAGUGUGGAGCCGCUGUAUCUCCCAUCACGGACUUCAGACUGCAGGCUGCCACAUUCUCCGAGAGGUACCUGGGUUUGUCAGCGCGACAGGACGAGAGUUAUGUGAAAGCAUCAGUCCUGGGGGAGGUGGAGAGGCUGAGGGGUAAAAGACUGCUCCUCGCUCACGGCACUGCAGACGCCACUGUACACUUCCAGCACACAGCUGAGUUAGUUAAGCAACUGGUGGACACCAAGGCCAACUACACACUGCAGGUCUACCCAGAUACAGACCACUUCUUCCGGACAGAGGGAAACAGUCGUCACCUCCAGAAAACCAUCGUCAGAUUCUUCCAAGACUGCUUAACCAGCAGUGGGAAGAGAGCCAAGGAGGUGUAG